GGACACCUGCACAAGCCAUUUCAAGAUGGGAAAGGUGAGAGCUCUAGAAAAGCUACACGUAUGACGGGAAAUGCCGUGGGCGAGUCGCGCACACAACAUAUACCCGUGGACGAAACCGGGUACAUCAACUGCGGGCGAGAACAAUUCAGGAAACGAGGAAGACUGAGUGCAAGAAACCGAUGACGAGGCUCUUGCACGAUUUACCCAAGAUGUAGUUUUUGAUGAGCCUCAAGGGAAAAAGACGUACAUGAGAGUCCCACUAAAGGCACUCUCGGUACAAACAGACCGAGGAAGCAAAUAUAGACAGCAAAAGAAGCAACAUUGCGAACCCCCUGUUCCCCCCUUUGUUUUUUCCCACCUCCCUCAUCAGGUGUAGGUAGCUACCACCACCACUACUACCAAGUAUCAAACAUCAAAUACCACGCAUCAUACACACCGCCCAACGCGGAAAGACCGAAGAUCAAAAGAAAUAACCCACCAAAACGCCGGAGCGUGUCACAUCUCACUCAACAGCAUCAAGCAAUCGCGAUCCAGCAUACCGCUAUUACUCAUCUGCGUGCACACGGGUACUAGCGCGGAGCCCGUGCUCUCUCUUCCGCGGACCCUCUCUGUCCCCACUUGAGAAUCGCAUGACAGAGACUCGGAGAACCGCCACAUCGGCAUCUUGGAGCGAAAGCUACGCACAGUCCCUCAUGGGCAAAACUGUGAAAUGGCAUGUCAGCGGAUAACGCGGAUCGAGGUUGGUUGAUCUAGAUUGCGAUGCCCGUCACGUCUGCUACUGUGUAACUUUGGGGCUGUGUGAUGAGCGAAAUAGGGAGGUUCUAGAAUUCUGCAAUGGGCAUGGGUUGAGGGUUUUGCUUGUAUUGGUUAUAGUGAAUGACAUGCAUAUGCGGCUAUUGGGGUGGGAAGUUUGUUCCUUUUCGCACCGUCUUCUGCAUUAUGCUUUUGGCUUGUCUAUCUGUGUGUUGCUCGGGCAUGACGGCGUUGCCAGCAUUGGAUCUAUGUGUGUGGGUGUGCGGAAAUCGUUGGGGCUACUAUGGCAAGCUCGGAAGCGAUGGAUGGGGGUGUGACUUUUCAGAACUUCGUCCGGAGAUGCGCGGGUUUCUCGGCUUGGCUUUGGGUGUGAUCCUGAUUCUACGUACCUAGGUGCACUGCGAAAUCUAAUGGGACUACCGAGGGAGCUUGUGUUGCUACACACUUGAGCAUAUGGGAGGCCACGUGGAGGUAGCGUAAAGUUUACGUUCCAUCAUGACGGUUCUUAGAGGCAUGUUGCAGAUGUCUAGCGUCGGUCGUUUUGUACGGACCUUGAACCUUGUAGUCUUGAUGGCGAUUUUCCGGCUUGAGAAAUCAUCGUGGCCAGGGCGUUUUACUGCCGACUGACCAGUGGGCUGAUCAUGAUGCU